UUUCUGCUACUUGCUGCUGCUGGGCCUCCAAUAAUGAUGAUUCGCUCGCUUAUGCUGGAACAAGUCAUCAGCCACUAUUUAAACGCCUAAUUUCAAACAGUGCACAUCAGUUGGUGCUACUCGUCCUUAGCUUCAACAUGGCUACUCAAAUUGUUCUGAUGACAGUAGUUUUAUCAAGUUUGGCCUGCUAUGCAGCUCCACAAUCGGAACCUCAAUCCAAUAUGGCGGCUCAAGGAGUGAGGGGAGGUGGUCCUGUUAUGAGACCCAACGAUUUUUGGAACUGGAGGGGUAACAACCCUGUUUACGGCGACUAUUGGCAAAGAGAAAUGGCUCGAAGGCAAUGGGCCCAACGGAAUGGAUCUCCGGGAGGUUAUUACCCAGGGGUGACAGCUGGACCCGACUCCCAGUACACUUACAAAACCUACGACAAUCCUGAGUUCUACGGCUAUGAUUCGGUCUUUCCAGAGGCAGAAGUUGAUAGAGGCGAAUUGGAGUCCAGGGAAAUUACCAAGUGUCAGAGUGAUUGA